GCCGAGUCUCCCCUGCCCGCCGGAUGGGCCUCCUCGGGCCGCGCUCCGCUGGGGCCGCUGGCAGGGGCUGCUCGCCCACCGCCGGUGCCGUGUCCAGCGAUCCGUGCGGAGGCACAGCCCGGCUCGAUACUGCGAGCAGCCGCCCCGGGAGCGCCGUGCGGGGGCGGAUGCGAACGGCCCCACCCGGACCGCGGCGGGCGGGGGCUCUGCCUGAGGCACGGCCUGGGCGAGGACUUGCGGGGUCUCUCUGGCCGCAGCCGGCGCCGCCUCGCCGGGCGGCAGAUGACGGGAUCGAGCGCACCUGCCGGGCUCGGCUCAGGGGCGCCUUGCGGCUGCUGCUGUCCGUGCCGCGAGGGCUCCGGUAGCACCGGCCCACCUCCCGCGGCGGUGCCCGCACGGGGCGCUGGUGGCGGCGGCGGCGGGACCGAAGGCCGGGAGAGCCCCCGCUCUGCCGUCGCCGUGUGCGCGUGGUCGGCCCGGCGGGACCCGGGCGGGACUGGGCUGCGGCACCCGCUCGGGUUCCUGCAGCUGGCAUCGCUCGCAGGAGAGGCUCGGGAGUUCAUUUCCAUUCAAGAAAUGUAAAAUCAGAUGGUCGUCAGCUACAGCAUUAUUUUACGGUACUGGUGCUAACCACUCAAUGGUAAGUUAAAGGUACAAAUCAAAUUGUCCAAACCAGACUUUUUGAGUCUACAUCUAAAGACAUGCCAAGCGUGGACUUUAAUCUUGGAUUUAAAGCAUGCAUAACUGCUCUAAAGAGUAGUUCCAGUGUGUGGUGUGGGUUAACCCUGUUAGGCAGCUCAGUUGCUCACCCUUCCCCUUACAGUGGAAUGGGGAGAGAAUCAGAAGGGCCAAUGUGGAAAAAUUCAUGGGUUAAGAGUGUAAGAGGUAAAGCAAAGCCGCGUGUGCAAGCAAAGCAAAAUAUGGAAUCUAUUCAUUAUGUCCCCUUAGCAGGCACAUUUAUAGCCAUUUCCAGGAAAGCAGGGCUUCAUCAGGUCUGAUGGUAACUUGGAAAGCUACAUGUUGUCAGUCACGUGUCUCCUCCUCUCCCCAGCUUUGAUUGCUGAGUGUGGCAUCAUAUGGUGUGGGAAGGGCCUUGAAUCAGUUUGGUCAGCUGUAUCCCCUGCAAGCUUCUUGUGCUGCCCUACUUCUGGGACAGGAGCCACAUGAGAAACAGAGAUGGCCUUGGCUGUGUGAGCACUGCUCAGAGAUAGAUAAACAGCAAUGUGUUUGAAACACUCAGUUUGGUCACCAAACACAGCACCCUGCUGGCUACCGUGGAGAAAAUUAACUCUGGUCCAGCUAAAAAAACUACAGUGUGAAAGACAAAAAGAUGAAAUAACAAUCUUUUAAAUGUCAUGCAAUUUUGAUUUUGCCUGAUCAAUUUUUUUUCCAGUGGACACAAAGUCUAAUUGUUUACCAUAGGAGGAGUUUGCUUAGGGAUGCACAGCAGAUUGUCAUGGAGAAGUUUAUGAGUGUACAGGGAACUGUGUGGUUUGUUAGUUCUAAUGGCACAAAAUAAGUAUACGGCAACACUGUAUAUUGGUCUGGCUUACCAUCUGUGUAUUUAGAAUAGAAAUGGCCAGUUUAAUUUUUUUUAAGCAGUAUUUUAUAAGGAGUGGAAUAAUACUGCCUUCAGUUUAAUCCUUCAAACAAUAUGCUCCUGACUUUGGAUCUUAUAAGAGAGGAAGGGCACCAGUGUGUCAAAGAGUCUUUCUGAAAAAUGUAAUCUAUGAAAAGAUUAGCAACAGACAAUCUAGAUAAAGAUGGUAAAUGAUUUGGAAUUUUUAUUUAGCACCAGUGGUUUGUGUUGUUACUUUUGACAAAAAUCAUAAAGUAGAGGAUAGAAAAUACCUUUUUUCAGAAAUAAUAAGUUACUAAGGCUGUUUGUUAGUCGUGGGUUUUUAUUUAGGCCCUGUGUAAACCAAGGCUUAGGCUGUCUAUUAUUUCUGUACUACUGAAUCCAGUACUUCGUAUUAGCAACUGAAGCUCUGCAAUCACCUCUAUCAGUUUGCCCCCUAUCCUUACCCUAGAUUGGGAGAUAAAUAAACCGAGAGUUAUCAAAAAUUUCACUCAGUGUAAACUUUGUGAAGAUACUGAAAUGAGCAGCUUAAAAGGUCUUCAGCUGUCUCCAUGCAAAGAAAACAAGUUACAAAGGAAGGCCAUAAUGCGGAGAGCAUGUGAGGAAGAUAAACAAUUACCAAGAAAUGCCUCUUGAACUAAAUUAGCACUUGGUUCCACCUUUUAGUAAGGACAGUGUCAGUUGUGGAGGAUUAAAGACAGAUGACGGAAAAGAAGUUCUGGAAGUAGAAGCUGUGCAGCAAAGGUAAAAACAACAUCUAGUUGGAAGGCAAUACAGAACAAUUUCCAUUUCAAAAUUCUAAGAAGACAGACCAGGUAUUGGAAGAAUCUAUAAUAGGAGUUUAUUAAAAAGUGUUGUGAGCAUAGUGGUACAGUGUGGCUAAAGCCUGAGUGAUUCCUUGGUUUAGGAAGGAAAAAAAAGAUGAUUUAAGUAUAUGAAAGUUUGUAGGUGCAUUCUUGAUCCCAUACGAGCUUUGAGAGAAAAUUUUAGAAGGACUGUGACAAAAGAAAUAAGAAGAAAUGUGAUUAAUUUGAGCAGCCUGAUCUACUGAAAUAUGCCCCUACCUACAGCAGGGAGACUGGAACUAGAUGAUAUUUAGAGGUCCUGUCCAACCCAAGCCAUUCUAUGAUCGUAACUGUGACAAGAGCUCUUUAUUGUGACCUUGCCGCAGAAGAAAACACAUUGUGUAACUGCACUUGGCCAACAAGCUGGGCAGAUGUAUAUUAAUCAUUGGCUGAUGACAAGCUCAGAGGUAACUGCGCAAUGUGAUGCACCUUCAAAAAAUGUAAUCCUGGCAUGUAUUAAGGAAGAAAAUUUCCAACAAUGAUGAGGGCUUGUUAGUUGUCAUGCACAAAUGGACAAGGGACAGAGAUUUCUAGUCUCCUGUAUUGGAGAUUAAUUGAACCUUGGCCAAGCACGCGGAAGUGAUUGGUAAAGGAAGAGUGUUUCUUCUGAGGCGGUUUUAGAACACCUUGUCUUGCUUAAUGAAACAGUAACAAAUACAAAGACUGGGAGGUGAUAUGACUGCAGUCUGUCUGUCAGGGCAGUGAGGAGGAACAAAGCCUGCUUAGGGGGAAUACUGCAAAGUAGCCAUCGAUACCAGUAGCUAAAUUUAGCAUUAAAACAAAUUUGUAUAAUUUGUAUCAUGUUCUACUUGCAUACUAAUUGGAAUUAAAAGAUACAAAAUUGGACUUAAUUAUCAUUGGUUUUAUAAAAGAAACCCUUUUAAAUAUGCUGAAAGCAUACUUUUGAAGUUAAAAUUUGCCAAGUACUCUCUGUAGUGAAGAAAUUGAACGCUCCUAAUUACACUGACUUUAUGUAUUUUCUGACUACGGAUCUGUGCUGUUGAUUUCAGGAGGUCAAAAUUAAUGAGUAUGUUGGGGAAACCAUGAUUUUCACUCCUUAAAUAACUGCGUAUUUCUUUUCUUUAAGAUUCUGUGUUCUGGUAUGUCUUGAGCUCUAGAUUUUGCUCUUUUUCUUUGCUUCUAGAACCUGCUGUUGUUUCAGUACUCUCUCACAGGUCCUCACAGGAUCUGUAUUUACCUAUUUGAACUAGGCCUAUAGUGUGUUAGGAAAAAAAUUAUUGCCCAAUAAAUACAGAUAUAUGGUAUAUUUUUUCUAGUUCUUUUUAAGUAGGUGUGUGAACUGGGGAUAUAUGGACACGAAAGAUUAAUUUCCAGAAGGAAACUUAAGUAGCCUUAAGAAAAUCACCUAUGUUUGAUUUGCUUCAACAACUCUACACUCAUUUGUAAUUUAAAUUAAGUUCUUGUGGCACAACUGUAUUCAUUGCUCAAGAGAAGGAAAACUUGUUUUUCUAGUAGGUGUGGCUGCUGUUACUGACAUUAACAGAGCACCAGCUAUCUGAAAUACAGUGUGUCCAUAGCUGACUUAGGUAUUGUACCAGGAUUUUUUUCCCUCUGUAUUGUUCUGUAUUGAAUAAUACUUGCAAUUUACCUUAAAAAUAUUUAAGUUUUUAUCUGUUUGAAAUAAACAAUUGGUAGAUUAUCUCAGCAAAAUACCUUAGCAAAAAAUAAAUGGAGGACUGAACAGAACUUCACUCAGCUAUCUGCUUUAAAAGGUACUUUUUCCUUUCCAGUGUUCACUGUUUAAAACAGUUGAAAAGAUGUAUUUCUUCUUGUUUAUUAUCUGCUAGCAAAAGCAGAAGAAAAAAGCAGACCCCUCCAUGUACAGAAACUGCUCCAGACAUCUGACAAAUGGAGGCAUUCAGAGUGUCACAUGCAGUAUCAUCCAUACCAUUAAAGAUGUGGCAACAUAAAGUACAAGGACAAAGAAAUUUACAUCCACCUUUAGAUAAAUUCAGAAUGUUGUGUGGCAGGAAAAAAUCUUACUUUGUUGCUGCUGUGUGCAUUAUUACUCUAACUUCAAUGGUCACAGUUUCUUAUCUUAGCUUGCAGAGACUUUCUCACCAGCCAAAAGUAAUUCAAGAAGGUAGCAAAUGUAGAGGGGAAAUUGCCAAUAGCACAAUAACACCAUUAAAAGAUAACAAAACUUUUAUUAUAUCCCCAUACUUUGAUGACAGAGAAAGCAAAGUCACUCGUGUGAUUGGGAUUGUUCACCACGAAGAUGUGAAACAACUAUACUGCUGGUUCUGCUGUCAGCCCAAUGGAAAGAUCUAUGUAUCAAAUGCAAAAAUUGAUGUUCACUCAGAUAGAUUUGGAUUCCCUUAUGGUGCAGCAGAUAUAGUUUGUUUGGAACCUGAAAACUGUGACCCAACGCAUGUAUCAAUUCAUCCGUUUGCACAUGGAAAUAUUGACCAGCUGCCAAGGUUUGAAAUUAAAAACCGCAAGCCUGAGCCCUUUUCUGUUGACUUCACUGUGUGCAUCUCUGCCAUGUUUGGAAACUACAACAAUGUCUUGCAGUUCAUACAGAGUCUGGAAAUGUACAAGAUUCUUGGAGCACAGAAAGUGGUGAUCUAUAAGAACAACUGCAGCCAUCUGAUGGAGAAAGUCUUGAAGUUUUAUAUAGAAGAAGGAACUGUAGAGAUAAUUCCCUGGCCGAUAAACUCACACCUCAAGGUUUCCUCUAGAUGGCACUUCAUGCAAGAUGGAACACACAUUGGCUACUACGGACAAAUCACAGCUCUAAAUGACUGUAUAUACCGUAACAUGCAAAGGAGCAAGUUUGUGGUUCUUAAUGAUGCCGAUGAAAUAAUUCUUCCUCUUAAGCAUCCAAACUGGAAAACAAUGAUGAGCAGCCUUCAGGAACAAAAUCCAGGGACUGGCAUUUUCCUCUUCGAGAACCAUAUCUUCCCAGAAACCAUCUCUACUCCCAUGUUCAACAUCUCGUCCUGGAAUACUGUGCCAGGUGUUAACAUAUUACAGCAUGUUCACAGAGAGCCUGACAGGAAAGAUGUAAUCAAUCCCAGGAAGAUGAUAGUUGAUCCACAAAAGGUGAUUCAGACUUCUGUCCACUCUGUCCUACAUGCCUAUGGGGACAGUGUGAAUGUUCCCAUGGAUGUUGCCCUCAUUUAUCACUGUCGGAAGCCCCUUCAAAGAGACCUCCCCAGAGAAUCCCUUGUCAGGGAUACAGCCCUGUGGAGAUACAACUCAUCAUUAAUCAUGAAUGUUAACAAGGUGCUAUCUCAAACCAUACUGUAAGUUCAAAAGGGAAACCUGAGUUCUAAGGAGGGAAAGUGGAGAGCCACCCUUACUGUGGGAAGGCAGAGGAGAUUGGUUAAAGAGCACAUCAAAAUGAUUUCCACAUGAAGGUUACAUUUUGCAGUGAUUAUUUAGGGAAUCUAUAGCAGAGCCAGGAGUCAUUUAAUCAUAUUAAAGUUCAAUGUAGAUUGCACUCUUGUAAAAUGUAAAAUUUGUUUUCAGUUAAAAAAAUAAAUUUAAAAAAUCAGUAUUUCUCAACUGAUUCAAAUAAUGCAAAUCAGUUUUCAACUGUGCUAGAAAUACAGCUAUAGUCAUUAGUAUUAAACCUAAGUUGCUUAAUUCUUGAAGUUUGUAUGUCACUGGAUACAAAAUUUGUAUGCACCAAUUGAGUAAAAGGUAAAUUACUUUGUUAGCUCUACAUUUCAACUGUAAAAAAAUUAACCCCUCAUGUUCUUGGAAAUAGUGUCUGUUAAAGUGGUGAUGUAUUGUCACACUAAACAGCUGUUGGGAGUUUUGCUGAUCCCAGUGUCUGUUCAACUGGGUUUUUGAGACAUGUAAGUUUAAGAAGAAGAGUGAUCACUCUAAUUACCCAAAGUUGUUCUGAAUUACUUAAGUGGUAAGUGCUGAAUUGUGUUGGAAAGGUUUAAAACAGAGGCAAGGGAAACAGCCUGGCGUUGAAGAGACUUUUGUGAACUGAAAAGAAGCUAUUUCGAGGAGGAAAAAAAUGGAUGGCUGAACAACUGUUUAUGAAACAUGUUAGUUUGUUGGGGUUUUUUUUGGGACCUUGAAGCCUCAUAAGAAAAUGUUUCUUGAUGAAAUUUAGGCAUGAGUUGCAUUUUUUUAGUCCAUUAUGUGGUGGGUAAGUUGAAUUAUAUUGCUUCCUUGUGUAGGUGGUAAGGGUACAGAAGCUGCAUCUUUUCCAACCUUUAUCUAAAAAUAGUGCCAAGUAGUUACUAACUUCUGCUGAAGGGUCAGAUGGAAAGCAAAGCAAACAAAAAAACCUCAGUGUAGUUCCAUGGUUUCAGUCAUAUGUUUUCUGUUUGAUAAGUCCCCAGAGCUGUAUGUGCUGUACUGUUGUGGCAUUGUAUUAGAACAUUCAUUUGAAGGCACAUCUGAGGGCAGUCAGUCUGACACUGGUGUCUGACAGAGGGAAGUGUGUGAGAGGUUUGCUUUUUUAUAUUUCUACACCAGUGUCACUCUUUCAUCUCUUCAUCUAUUUUGUGGUGGCACAUACCCUUAAGGAGCUCUGUCAGUACUAGAUUAGUAUUAUUAGCUAGCAGAUGUCCAAGAGGAACUUUACUUAGAGGUCUUCAAGAGGCAGUCUUUAAAAAACUAUUUGCUAAUUGUGUUCAUAAUUAUUAGCUGCUAUGUUACUGGUUAAAAUUUCAUUUGUAAAACUAAAAGGGUAGAAGAGCAGCAUAGUGUGUACUGGAUGCUUGUCAUUGUGGUUUCUGCUUGCAUACUCUGGGGCAAUGUAGAAAAGGAAAAUUUAGAGUUCUGAUUUAGAAUUCUGAUUUAGUUUAAACUUUUCUGCAACUUGUGAAAUACCUGUGGCAGAAUUCCUUUUCAACUACCACUUCACAGCUUUUGGCUAACUGCAGCAUUUGCUUCGGAGUGGCUGCAAUGUCUCCGAAAGUUUGUAUCAACAAACUGGCAGCUGUGUUUACAGCCCAGGUGCCUGCUGCAGGGGUACUGUCUUGCUUAGUAACAGGUCCACUUAGAAGUUUAGACUCAUGUAGUUUGCAAAGGGCAUCUGGAAGUCCAACUCAUAGCAUGGUUUGCUCAGGACUUUGUCUAGGCUGGCUGGACACACAGUCUCUCUGGGCAACCUGUUCCCGACUUAACCUAACCUCUAACAAGAGAAUUUCUCUUGUUGCAGUUUGUGACAAUUGGCCGUUGUCUUGCUGUAUGAGUCUGACUUUGUCUUCUUUUAGUUCCUUAUUAGUUAGCUGGAGACAGUAGCAGGGCCUCCCCUCCCCUUGCCCACCACCACCUUCCUUUUCCUCACCGUUCUUUCUGGAAGGCUGAACUUGGCUUUCAGUUUCUCAGUCAUCUUGUGCUCCACCCCUCUGGAUUCUGCAUCAUCAAGGUCACUAACAAAGUAGUUACCCACAUUUUCCUGUUUCACUGAUCUGGGUACAAUGACAUUUCUGGCAUGCUCCUGUUUAAUCUUUCAGUUAACACACUGUUUUACAGGUGGCUCCUUCAGAGGAAGCUGAGUUACCACACACAUCAUACACAGUGUAGUUACUCCUACAUUAAGAAUGAUGAAAACUUGGUGUCAAGACAAGUAAUUGAAAGCUUUCUACUUCAUGUAAGCUUUCUUCACUUUUGAGUGCAGUUUGACUUGAGAGUUGUGAAUUUGGGUUCAAUUUUUUAAAAUCCUUGACUACAGAAACAUUUUUCAAAGUAAAUUGGUAUGAAUAAAGGUGGAAAACUGAGUGCUUAAGACUCUGGCCUUGAAUUUAAGAGACAGUGCUCCACUGUGACUUCAUGCAAUUCCUAUUGCAUCACUCAAAUACUGAUUCUUGCAUAUGAAAACUCCCACUGGUGUAAUUAAUACUGCAGACAUUGGGGAACCCUGGCCUUCAUUCAGUACUAAGUAUGAAAUUGGGUCUCCUUGGAGAGUGGGAAGAAAAAAAUCAUAUUAACAACAGUAAUGCGAACAGUUUUGUCUUUUCAAGGACAUGAGCCAAUCUUCAUGAAAACUCCUGUUUUCAUGUUGUGUAAAAAAAAAAAAGACAUUAAGGGGAGAUUUUAUUUUAAGGGAGGAGGGGAAACCAACCUAAAGCGUUUCUAAAGCACGUGAUGUCAUAGAUACAGCUUUUAAGUACAUGUUAAAUAGCACAAAAGUAUGUGAACAAGUAUUUGCUACUCAGCAGUUACCUUCUGUACGUCAGGUCUCUGAUGAUCAAUAAGACCUUUUUUCAACUCCUGUGCUUUCCGGCAGACUUUUGAUUUUUUUCUUUUUUUUUUUUUCCCAGAGAUGUGGCAUUCUGUCAUUUGCCCCUGCUUUCCAACUCUAGAUGUAGCAAGUACUUUAAGUGCAUUAUGUUAACUGCAACUUCUGGAAAAAGUGAAUGGCUGGUAGACAUAAUUUAAUAUAAGAAAGUGACUUAUUGUAGAGAUCGAAAUCACCUUCCUAUUCACUAUAUUUCUACCUACCUGUGAACUAAAUUAUGUUCUAACACAAACUACAGGAAAUAAGGACUAUAAAAUACUGAUCAAGCCAUUCUGAGUUAUGAUGAACACUGUCAGAGGUUCUCUGCGGUUAACUGCGAUGGCAAGCUCUUGCUGAGGAGAAAUCAUAUUGACAUGUUCCUGAACUUAAAGAAAUUAUUAUUGUUAACAUCUGAUCCUAGUUAAAGGGCUCAUUUGAUUCUUCUAUUUCAAAGGCUAAGUAUUUAAAGCUACCAGAAAGAAAAACAUUUUGGAGAAAGAUUCUGGAGAUAGAAAAGGUUUGCUAUCUUCUCAUUUUUGUUAAGCAGCCAUGCACUGUAACCAGUAUUUGCUGUUAGAUGUAUAAAAGCCUAUGGUUCUAAAAUAGUAGCUUCACCUUCUGUUUCAACAACAAAAAAAUAGUCAGAAGUCAGGUCAAGCACUACUUCAUUUCAGACUUGAUAGCAGACUUGAAUGGUUUAAACAUUACAAGCUAUGCUUCAGAACCCAAAUAGGUAUAUUUAAACAUGAGUAUAGACAAAAUGUUGUGGUGAAUACUGUUAGCAUGCUGUAUUGCAUUAUGUCCAAAACAACCCGUUCCCAAAUGCCCAAAUAAAAGUAAAUGAUUGUGCAUUGCAUGAUGAUACCAUUGGGUGCGCAACUUUGGUUCAUGCAAAGUCUCAUUUUAUGGACACGCUGCUGACAGUCCAUAUAUUCCUGAAGAUUCUGCAUAUGUGAGCUUUUCAGCCAUGUUCUUUCCAUAACACCAAAUGGAUGCUAUGGUCUGGCAUACUGGUGGCAAAAACCAAGCCCGUAUCAUUUUGGCCAUUUAGUCCAUUUAACCAAGACAUUUCACCAGCCAAAAAACUUGAACCUCUCUUUGACUUUCUAUAUUCUGGUAGUGGCCAGCGGCUUAUCAGUUUUUCUGUCCUCAAGUCCAUUAUAUACAGGUAUCUGUUAUCAAAUAGUAGAGCAAAUAUCUCUCCAAAGCCCAGCAAGGACACAUUUAAGAAGUCUGGAGGUUUGAUAACCCUAGAAGACAAGAAAACAGUGUUAGAAACUCACAAUGCAGUCAUGAGCUUGAAUUACUAAACCAAAUCCUUAGGUGUCUAUACUCACCCUUCUGAAAGAAUUUAGCAAGAACUGGAUGCAAAUUUUUCAAAUUAAGCAACUGACACUUAGCUGCAGUCAGGCCUGUGGUUUCAGUUCUGACUUUGUGCAUUCAGGACAGACCCUUCUGAACAUAAAUAAAAGUUAGGGUUUAAAAGGGACUGUUUUGCAGAGCUCAAGGGAAAAAAAGCCUUGUUUCCAGAUACACACAGAAGAACAAAUGUAAUCGUGUUUUACAAUAAAUUUCCAUAUGGAUUUCAUGUCUCAAUAUCUUAAAGAGGUAAAACAUCUUGCUAAUCUUUUGACCACUCUUUUAAAAGGCAGAAGUAAAACACAGAAAUGCCUUAUUGUGAUAGGCAGGUAAGAUAAAUCAUCCAAGACUGGUCCUUAACAGAAUGCUGUUUUACUGAUAUAGCUUUAUGCUAAGUUAAGCAUUUUCAUCCUGGGGAGAAAGAAAAAUAUUUGUUAGUUCCCCAAUAUCUUUACGAUAUUUUCCCUUAUUAAAUAAAACUUGGAAAAGAAAUUAAAGAGUUGAGGUUUCCACAACUGGCUGUACAUUUGAUCAUAGCAUUACAUAAAGCACAGAAUUGAGGCACAAAAACGUAUGGAGCUGAAAAUCCAUUCGCACCAGUAAGAGAACAUCUUUCUCUUUUGAAAGAUGGGAGGGUGAACUGAGAGGUGAAAUUACCCAGUUACUCUUACUGAUAAGAAGCAUGUCUUUAGGAGUAGAUCUUUCAAUGGUAGACACUCCCCAAAUAUUCAGGCCAUUUGAAUUAAGAGUUAACUGCUAGCAGUUCUGAAAUGCACUUUUUUCUUUAGUAAGUUACAGUCUGAUGCCACCAUUUCUAAUUGAUACAGCUUCAUUCUUUUUAUGGAAACAGAAUGCCAUCAUGUUUGAUCCUUUACUGCAGUCUGAUAGAUUUCACUACCAUUCCACAGCAUUAUCAAGAAUGAUAGAUCAGUAGUGCUGUAAGGAAAAAGUCUUUUUAAUUUCUUGUCUGAUCAAAGGACCCUCAGAAAUGUCUGCCUGGUUCUCUUACAGCAGUCUCUAUGGCAACAUUAGCUUUGGGUCACUACAGUUUCCCGUUCACAACUCCUGGCACUGAAGUCUGAUUUAACUCUAUAUUGAAACACUUCAGCUUACAGAAUGAAAAUGUGAAAGAGGAGUACCAUGUGGCCAUAAACCAAAACAGCAAUCAAGUGAUUUGUAUUAUCAAAUAAGAAAUUAGAAUUUAACCUGACAAUAUGCAUGAAGUAAGAUGUUUACAGAAUUUUUAUCAAGAUUCUUUGGGUCCCAUCUAAAGUAAGUCAUUAAAACUAGUAUGUUCUACUUCUUAUUUAUUUAAAGAACACUGAAUCCUAAACUGGAAGGUUUACCUGAGAAUAUCAUAGCUGGCAAAGUCCCACUGGUACAGUCCUAGUGCUGAACUGCACACUAUGUAUUUACCAUCAAAGUGCAGUCUGGGCUGUAGGGAGAUGCUGCGAUCUUCAGAAACAGACAGUGUUUUUAAGCACUUGCAGUUUAUUUCCCUUCCAAUAGGCCAAAUCUGCAAUUGAAACACAGUUUAAGACCAUAAAAAAGUCACAUUAUAAACUGUUACACAGCAAGCCUCACAGUCUCUCCAGGCAUCAGGUAAAUGUGUGCGUGUUUUUUCAGAUAUAUUUAUCUUCUUUAGGUAGGAGAAUCAAUUCUCCAAGUGACUUGUCUAACACUAUUGUUGCAGUAUAUGUUGUUUCUAGCCUAAAAAACUCCAGUGAAAAUGGAUGCUUUAAAGAAUGGCCAAAAAAAAAAAUAAAAAAAACCCCAACCAUCCAACUGGGACAGAAAUCUAACAGCGUUUCAGUUAUGAAACACUUCCAUAGCCACAAACUUACAGCACUCUCCAACCCCAAAGUCCCCAACAGCAACAGUACUUGCAGCUAAGUGCUUCACUGUCAAGUUAGCACAUCAGGCAUGCACUGAAAGCACCGAUUCUUUGCACUACCAUUCAUGUAGAGCAAUCGUUUAAAUAAGCACUGAUAAUUAGUGCUUAAGAUAAGCACUGAAAAAUUAGCUUCCAAAGAGUUUCAUGCCUUGUAUGCAGCCUCACAAGCAGAAAAUAUGGGAGAAAAUAAAGCCUUAUAUUAUUUGUAAACUUCAGCAAAGUACUCAAGCACUUUAUUUCCCUGUGUACCAAAAUGAUAUAUAUGUGAUAUAUAUAUAGUACAUACCUUGAUUUCAUACUUAUCUGCACUUAGGAGAAUAUGAUCCCCAGGACUAUGCAUAAGAGAUUUGACUUUGCACUUCUGCAAAACUACCUGUAAUUGAAGGAUGCAAUAAUUUAUGUCGAUGCUGGUAAAUAACAAAACUUUCAUUUGUAUUUGUCACUUCACUAACCACCUGCAUAGUGUAUCCUUGUAUAAAGGCAACACAAAUACUUUUAGCAACUGAAAGAAAACCAGUUUACGCUUUUAUUGUUCCUGCUAGUGCCAAUUUACUCUAUUAAUAAACACACAUACACCCUUCACCUGCAGAGUCACCCCCGAUCUUCCAAGUUCUGAAAUAAUCAGAAGAAAAAUACUGUUUCAUGCUUAGAUUUUUGUUAUCAAGAUCAUUAGAUUUUUUUACAUCAUUCUUAAAGCAGCAUUCUUUCAGAACCAAUUUUUAUUCAGUCUUUGAAUCAAACACUGAUUCCUAAUUUUACUUCAGCUGCUUUGGAAUAGAAAUAUCUUCAAUGGUCUGAAAAGUUUAAUUAUAGCUUACUUUAUUUUUCCUAUUGAAAUAUUAUUUUGCAGAAUUUCCAGAUGUUCUCCAGAUUCUACAACUAGUUGCAGGGUUAGGAUUAGAAAAACAAAAUUUAGAACACGUUACAAAUUCAGUGCAAGUGUUUGCGAGAUUAAUUAGAAAUCAAUAUUCCCACCUUAGUGACCCAUUCUGUGUGUCCAGUAAGGGUAUUCAGGCACGUUCCUGUUGAUAAGGCCCAUACUUUCACAGUGAAGUCUGCAGAGCCACUGACCAGAACAUCAAGUUCAUCAUUGUAAUCCACACUAAAAACUACAAGCAAAGAGAUACUAAGUAAGGAAUAUCAGUUUCUGUGUUCUUCUGUGAGACACUAACUAGUAGCCUCCCUAUGAAUUUAGUAGCCUCUAAAUUCAUGUGCUACUUCAUCUUUAACUGUUGUUCUUGAACUGUAUACGUGAAUUGUUGCUCUGGAUUCUUAAGUUUACAUUGCAAAAUUACUGAGGGUUUUGUCCAAAUUAAGAGCAUUUACAUCAGUGGUUCCUUAAUGGCUGGAUUAUGGCAGUGUAACUAGUUCUUAUUUCCAGAGUUCUAGUAAGACAAUUUCAGCAGGAUUAGCACAUUUGAUAGAUCUCUUUACUCAUAGGGGAACAGACCUACAGCUGAGUUGAGGAUAUUUUGAAGAAGAGGACAGAGAAUUUAAUUAUGAGGGAAAUGCAAAUACAAAUUCCCAGGUCCUAUUCUGCUCUUUGCUGUAAGCUGAUCUACAGUCUGGGGAUAUAAAGAAUGGUCACGGCCAUAUGUUAUCUAAGGUUUGCAUCGUUUUGGUAGACAUGAAACUACUGAAUAACCAUGGCAUUUAGUAUUACUUCCAUGGAACUGCAAAAUACUACAUGGCUAAGAUAAGCUCUGGCAUAUUCGAGGACAGAUUUAGAUCUGUUCUGGUCGCUUCCCCUGCUAUGGGGGAACUGAGGUGAUUCAAGUGACUGAGGACAGAGCCUAUAAAAAUCAAAAAAGCUAAUGUGCAAAGAGCUAACUAAAUUAUAAUUUGUUUGAUGAUGAUACGUUACUUGACUGGUGAAAUUACAAAUUGAAAAUUUCAACAUACCUGCACCAGUGUGUCCUCUAAAAUGCUGUGUUUUUGCUCCAGAGCUCCAUUCCCAACAGGCUACUGUGUUAUCAAAAGAUCCUGUGACAAGCUUUUGUUCAUCAAACUUCACUGCAGCACAAGUGUGUGUCUGGAUACCAUAUAUGCACUGACCUGUGCUUACAUCCCACAGUUUUGCAGACAAGUCAUCUGAUCCUAGAAUAUAAAAGAACAGGAUAACUGGAAGCAAAGAGUAAAUAAUAUUUCCAAUCCUAUACUCAUCUUUGUUCGUUAUAAACAUAGCAUUUACACGGAAUCACAGAAUGGUUAUGGUUGGAAGUGACCUCUGGAGGUCAAUUCUUCCAGUCCCGCUACUAAGCAGGGCAACCCACAGCCCAGGACUAUGACCAGACAGCUUUUGAGUGAGCCCAAGGAUGGAUUCUCCAAACCAUCCUGGGCAACCUGUGCUCAAUCACUCUCACAGUAAGAAAAGUAAAAUCACUCUCACAUUAAAAAAGUGUUUAAAGGGAACCUCUUGUGUUUUAGUCUGUGUCCACUGCCUCUUGUCCCAUCACUGGGCACCACUGAAAAGAGCCUGGCUCCCUCUUCUUUGCACCCCCACUUCAGGUACUGAUAACAUCCUGAGCCCUAUCUUCUUCAAGAUAAAAAGUCCCAGCUCUCUCAGUUUAAGUUGUUGGUUUCUAGUAAUCAUCUUACAGUACCAACAAAUGUGGGAGUACUUAGUCAGGAUUCUCAACUUAGCAUAUAAUGUUGUCAUCUCAAAUGAUUGGGAAAUCCUUGGAAUAUUCUCUAACAGCAGUUCAUUGUAAUUCUGUUACUGUUCUUUCACACUUAAUGCUUCAUAUAUGUUCUGUCUGUAUUCUUAAGUUCAAACUGAAAUCUUGGAAUCUGCAGUGUUCAGGGAGGAAGCUGAAAUUAUGUGCAAGUCAGACUAGUAGCAAGGUUAAAUCUAGUUUACAUGUCUUCAUAAAGCACUUAGGUUAAGAACUGAAAGUGCUUACAGUCUUGUUUCAAGGAAGAAGAUAGAGGACUUUUUCUGCCACACUUUGGGAGACUGAAGUGCUCAAACAGCCCAAACGAGGCCCCUUUACCUGAAAGUUAUCCUCCUAGAGGAUAACUAACAUAUCCAUACUUCUCAAAUGAGCUUACUAAUAGCAACAGCAUGAACAGAGUCAUAGAAUGUUCUGGACUGGAAAGGAUCUUAAAGAUCAUUUAGUUCUAACCACCCUGCCAUGGGCAGGGACAAUGAUACGUGCUGUUACUAUUUUUUUAACUAACAGAGAAAUUGAUCUCCUUGUUUUCUUAUUUAAGUGACUAAUGGGUUUAUUAGUGCAGCAGGUGUUUCAGAAAUUGAAAAAAAAAAGUAAUUUUGAAUCAUCUAAACUGCAUUUGCACUAUGAAAAUAAUCUGUCUGGUAAAGGAAAACAAAACUGUCAAUAAUCAUAGGAGGGGAAGAGAAAAUAAAGAAUUGUAAGACUCCAAGUUGUCUGUCCUUCCUACCUGUACACAGAAGUCCAUCUUUAUAGUAAAGUGCAUAUACUCUGGCACUGUGUCCAAUUAAAGAGGAUGUCUCAAAGGCUUCGUGGUCCUUCAGUUGCUUCAUCCUUAAAAUAGCCUUUAGGUAAACCUUCUUCCAAUGUAGAGGAUCCUGAACAGAGUCAUCUAUCUGCCAACCCAGAUUCUUACAUGCAGUCUGCCACACCUCUGUACAGGCACUUAUAACCUUGUUCCACUGCUUAGAGACGAGGCAACAUGUGAGUAAGGUCUGAGGAUCAAGCCAUUUUAACAGAUAAAAACUAAGUUCCAAUGGAAGAAGUUUGAGGAAGUCCCUCUUGAGGAGAAUCUCUAAAUUAUUGGAGAGGUGCCUGAGCUGGACUGCUCCACUCAAGCUAAUCAGGUGAUCCAGAGUUUCAUUUUUCUGCAAGUCCGUCAGAGAAAGAAAUGUAAUAGAAAUGUUAUCAAGCCAUGCUUCAAAGUCCUUUUUCUCCAUAAGGUUAUGGAAAAAUUUACCUGUGAUACAUCAAAAUACUGUAUUAGUUCUGUUCAGAAAACAAGGUAAGAAUCAUAUCUUUAUUACUGGUACAUCAGUAUUCCAAAUGGCACGUUAACACAUAGAAUGAAGCGAACAAAUGCUUUUUAAAGUAUUCAGGACUAAGCAUUUGCAUGCACUUUGAACUAUCAUUUGUCCCCCAUCAGACUUAAAAGUAAAUUGUAUGCAGGUAGUGAAUGUUAGUAUUCAUUAUGAAUGUUAACAUCUUUCUUGUUUUAGGUUAACACUUGCAAAUUCUGAGUCCAAUAAGGUAAAGGUUAGUUUAAGUUUUAAACCUAUUAUAACAAGUAAACACUGUCUUAGUUUACUCAUGGAUUAUACUGAUAAAAGAAAAAAACCAAAGCACAUAAGCAGAGCAAUAAGCUAGUUACUGACAGAACUUAUUCGUAUCUUUCUCCUGAACUAUUUUAAACACAAAGCAGGUGGCUAGUAAUUUUUAAAAAAGAUACAAAGAGAUGUCCAACAAAUUGGGUGAAGGAUACAUUAGUCAUAUUUGAAUUUGGCUUGGGUAAGGACCUGAGCUUGUGCUGGUCUAUUAUCAGUUUUGACAGGGUUGCACCACUUUGACCUAGAUGCAUUAAAAAAACCCCUCCUCUGUCUUUUUUCCUAUUUUCCAUGUUUAUUUCCACUGAGCACUAACUGUGAAAUUGAAUACCACCUCCUGAAAUACAUGAUCUGCAUGUACUUAUACUAUCCUGUGGCGUCUCAGCUUCCUGGAACCAUUGAUUAGCAAGACAAAUGUCAGGUAAACAGUUUAAAAAUCAUAAUUAUUUAUUUUCUCUGGAAGGUCUAAUUCCAUUCACUAGACAACUGUCUGAAUUUAAUGGAAGCUCCCAAAUGGCAAGAAUUGAGGAAUCUGAGUGGGACUCAACAGUAUGUUUAUUUGUACACACUUCACCUUCAUAGAAUAAGAUCUUAGAGUACACCUCUUAACAGGGCAUAGUAGUACAGAAAAGUACAGUCUUCACUAUAAAAGGCUGCACAUGGCAUGCCAUUAUUGAUAAAAAACACAAGAAAGUUCUGGGUGUCAAAUGCACAGAAACAGCUGCCCCUAUCGAGUCACAAGUUCAUACAGUAACUUUUAACUGCUGACAGUUUUCCUCAGCACAUAUAGCUGAGCACAUCUGCUGUUCAGAUAGGCCUGUGUUCUCUUUAAAACAUUCUAACAGGCUGUCUCUGAAUAAAAAAUCCGGUAAGCUCUAAGGUGUUUGUUGUAUUCAAUAUGUGAAGCUAAUACUGAAAUUAAGGGCCGCCGAAAGCGAUGCUGGAGCCCCGUGCACGAGGCUGUUUCCCAGGCGCUCCGCAGCCGGCGCGAUCGGCUCCCCUCGCCCGCCCCAGGUACCUCCGCACACAAAGAGCACGCCGAAGGCUGGAGACUCCGCGCCGCUCACCUCAGGAGUCGGCCCGGCGCGGGGUGUCCUUCGGCGGGCAGUCGCCACUGCUCGCGCGGCCCCCCGGAGCCCGGACCGGGCUGGGGCUUCCCUGCAGCCAUCGCUCCACGGCAGGACCGGCUCCCGGCACUUCCGCGGCCCGCGCCACAGCCUACAGGCACCCGCGGCGGGAGGAAAGGGGGCGAGCCCGGGGCCUGAGGAGCGCCGAGCGCUGCAAGGGGCGGGGGAGGCCGGGCCUGGCCGAGCCGGGAGAACCGGCGGCACCGGGAACACGGAGCGCCUGCCGACCUCCCGUCAGGUGGCUUCCGGCGCACUCCUGACGUCAUCACUGCCCGCCGCGGCGCUCCCGCUCCCCGGGCCGGGGCUGCUGAGGCGUCUCGCUGCCCGCCGGGGUGCCCUGCCUGCGACUCGUACCCGAGGGCGGCAAUUUCUGCUCGUUAAGAAUAUUCCUGUAAUUAAUAUGAUAUAAAAUGCACUAGCGUUUAUCAUACUGCCUUAAAAAUCGCUUAUUCUCUGUCCUUCUGUUAGAGGCAGCGUGUUGCUGGAACCGUCCAAGAAUCUGAACAUGAAAACUGCAUCCCCCUUACUGGAUUAAUUUGGACAUUAUUUACUUUUUCCUUUAAUAUGUACUUAACUUGCAUUUAUUCUCUUCUGUUUGUAAUUGCAGGGUUUGCCCGUUGCUGCAGUCCUGUUCCAUGGCUGGUGAUACCCGAAAUCUUCCCACGUUUAGCUUGAGGUGUGUCCAAUGCUGCCUGUGUUAAGGAACUGGGUUAUGGCCUUCUUGGUAACCAAAGAAUUUAAUGUUUUUAUAUUAAGCAUCAUAAAUUACAAUCUGAAGUGACUUUUCAUAGGGAAAUUUAUUAAAGAUGCUCCUGAGAGAGCCUUGAGCCACAGUCUUCUCUGGCAGAACAGAGCUGUAGCUGUAUGGGAGUGAGCUGUAAUAAUGUGGAUUCUUGUUCCUCCUCUCAUGAGAAGACAUGCCAGUAUCUUUUCUUCUACUAUGUAAAUUAGAUUUUAAUUUUGUAAAUAAAUAAAUUAAAUUUC